GUAGAAAAUGAAGGCUUUAGAAAAUUAAUAUACGAAUUGGAGCCAAGAUACAAGAUUCCGUCAAGAAGUUACUUCUCAGAAACUCUUAUUCCAAACUUGUAUACAAAAUCAAAAAGUUUUGUUUUAGACAAGGUUAAAAAAGCUGCCCAUGUUGGUUUAACAACAGACUCAUGGACCAGUCGCUCAACAGAAUCCUAUGUUACAAUCACAUCAACUUUUAUUACAGAAGACUGGGAACGUGCUAACUAUGUUCUACAGACGAGAAAACUUUGUGAAAGUCAUACAGGUGAAAACUUGGCUAUUGUAUUGAGUGACGCUAUUAAGGAAUGGAACAUAUCAGAUCAACCAAGCCUAGUCACAGAUAAUGCACGAAAUAUGGGGACGAUGGCAGCACAAGGCAAUUAUAAAGUUCAUUUUGGCUGUUUCGCUCAUACAGUUAACUUGGCAGCUCAGAAGGCAUUAUUAGUUGAAAGAGUUUCCUGUCUACUUGCAAAGAUUCGGCGAAUUGUUGCUUAUUUCCAUCGAAGCACAACAGCAUGUGCAGUUCUUAAAGAGAAGUUGAAAACACAACACCUGCCAGAUCAGAAACUCAUAAUUGAUGUUUGUACAAGAUGGAAUAGUUCUGCAGAUAUGAUUGAAAGAUUCCUAGAAUUACAGGCUGGAGUAUACGGCGCCUUAACAUCAAAGGACUUAAGGGGUAAAGAGAGGGAUUUGUCAAACCUGAUCGAUGCUGAUAUAUCAUUAGCAGAAGAUAUUUUAAUCUGCUUGAAACCAAUGAAAACUGUCCCUACAGUCAUGUGUUCAGAGAAACAUCCAACGGCUUCUAUGAUCUUGCCUAUCUAUUUUGAAUUAUUAUCAUUAAUGUCUUAUAAAGAUGACGAUAAUGCAUGUAUUUGUGAACUUAAAUCUGCUGUUACCACUGAUUUGAGCAAGCGCUAUCAGGAUCCGGAAGUUAGGAUGUUUUUACAAAAAGCUUCACUUCUGGACCCAAGGUUUAAAUCUAUUCCAUUCCUGAAGGAUGAUGAAAAACUGGAACUUUAUACCCAAGUUACAGUUGAGGCUUCUAAUAAUGUUGUUGUCCAAAAUUCAUCACAAAUUAGCAGAAGUAAAGAAUUGGUUUUGGUAGAUAAUGAUUCUGUCAAUAGUCCUGAGACAGCCACCCAACCAAAGAGAUCCAAGACUGAAUCUGGAAUAAUAUCCAUUUUAGGUGAUACAUACAACACCUUAGCUCCACCCCACUCUCCAAUGUCUGUCAUUGAAAUUGUGGAACAAGAAAUGGCCAAGUAUAGAGAAGAAAUAGGGAUAUCUUUAACGACAAAUCCACUUACUUGGUGGUCGGCCCAAAGAAAUAAAUAUCCGUAUUUAUCUAAAUUGGCUAAAGUUUAUCUUUGUGUCCCAGGAACUUCAGUCCCAUCAGAAAGGGUAUUUAGUACAGCAGGGGACAUUGUUUCUUCUCAAAGAUCUUGUUUGAAACCAAGUUGUGUUGAUAUGUUAAUAUUCCUUAAGAAGAAUGUGCAUUAA